GGAGGAAGUCCUCCGGCAGCGAUGAAGAAGGAGCAGAGACACACGACUGAGAGGAUCCUAAACCUGACCCUGGAGAUCAUCUACCUGCUGACCGGAGAGAUAAUGAGCAAGAAUGGGGACCAAAUCACAAUCACCGUUCCUCCAACUCACUUCAUGAUUCCAGAGAGAAAGUAUAAGGAGAAAGUUCUAGAAGUCACCCAAAAGAUCAUGGAGCUGCUGACAGGAGAGGUGAGCGGUGCCGGGAAUUCUGGGACAUGAUCCAGGAACAGACAAGGGAUGUGUCUGG